UUCCUUAACGUUUAACGGGAGACACAUCAACGACUUUGAUUCCAAACGCCGUCGCCAUCAUGAACACGGAGAAGGACUUUUCACCGCUAACGCCCAACAUCGUCCGGGCUCUCAAUGAUAAACUGUACGAGAAGCGGAAAGUGGCGGCCCUGGAAAUCGAGAAGCUGGUGCGCGAGUUCGUGGCGCAGAACAACUCCACUCAGAUCCGUCACGUCAUCCAGAUCCUGGCCUCGGAGUUCGCGCUGUCUCAACACCCGCACAGCCGCAAGGGGGGACUGAUCGGCCUGGCUGCGUGCUCCAUCGCGCUGGGCAAGGACUCGGGUCUGUACCUGAAGGAGCUCAUCGAGCCGGUCCUCACUUGUUUUAACGACUCCGACAGCCGCCUGCGUUACUACGCCUGCGAGGCGCUCUAUAAUAUCGUCAAAGUGGCCAGGGGAGCCGUGCUGGCCCACUUCAACCUGCUUUUUGAUGGGCUGAGCAAGCUUGCAGCAGAUCCCGACCCGAACGUCAAGAGCGGCUCGGAACUUUUGGACCGACUCCUGAAGGACAUUGUGACCGAAAGCAACAAGUUCGACCUCGUCGCGUUUGUCCCUCUACUAAGGGAGCGCAUUUACUCCAAUAACCAGUACGCCCGGCAGUUCAUCAUCUCCUGGAUCCACGUCCUGGAGUCCGUACCCGACAUCAACUUGCUGGACUACCUCCCCGAGAUCCUGGACGGCCUCUUCCAGAUCCUGGGGGACAACAGCAAGGAGAUCCGCCGGACGUGUGAGGUGGUGCUCGGCGAGUUCCUGAAGGAGAUCAAGAAGACGCCGUCCAGCGUGAAGUUCGCCGAGAUGGCCAACAUCCUGGUCAUCCACUGCCAGGUGGCGGACGAGAGCAAGUUGACCAACGACCUCAUCCAGCUGACCGCCAUGACGUGGAUGAGGGAGUUCAUCCAGCUGGCGGGCCGGGCAGUGCUGCCUUACUCGUCCGGGAUCCUCACCGCCGUGCUGCCCUGCCUCUCCUACGACGACCGGAAGAAGAACACCAAGGAGGCGGCGAGCGCAUGCAACUACAGCUUGAUGAAGCUCGUCACCCCCGAGGACGACGACGACGAAGACGACGAGAGAAGCGGAAACGUCAAGUCGCCGGCGAGAGAAGACAAGGACGACGGCGACACGCUCAACGCCUCGCAGGAAGCGGCGGGCUUCAGCAACAUCAGCUUCUUCGCCCCGGCGAGCAUCGAUAGGUCUCACGUGACUCUAGACCUGGACGGCAUCGUGCAGGUGCUGGACCGCCACCUCCACGACGCCUCCACGGGCAUGAUGACGCGCAUCGCCGUGCUGAAGUGGCUUUACCACCUCUACAUCAAGACGCCGCGUAAGAUGUUCCGCCACACCGACAGCCUCUUCCCCAUGCUUCUCAAAACCCUCUCGGACGAGUCGGACGAGGUGAUCCUCAAAGAUCUGGAGGUGCUGGCAGAGAUCGCCUCGUCGCCCGCCGGGCAGAUGGACCCGGCGGCGACCUGCGACGGGGUUGACAGCGGGCCGGCGCUCAAGGUGCCGGACAAGGCGGGAAAGACCGGCGGCGCCGAAUCCUCCCCGUCCACCCCGAGCAUGAAUUCAUACUUCUACAAAUUCAUGAUCAACCUCCUGAAACGCUUCAGCGUCGAGAGGAAGCUCCUGGAAAGCCGGGGGGCGUUCAUCAUCCGCCAGCUGUGCCUGCUCCUCCACGCCGAGAACAUCUUCCACUCCAUGGCGGACAUCCUCCUCAAGGAAGAGGACCUGAAGUUCGCCUCCACCAUGGUGCAGACGCUCAACACCAUCCUGCUCACGUCGGCCGAGCUCUUCCAGCUGCGCAACCAGCUGAAGGACCUCCGCACGGCCGAGAACUGCGCGCUCUUCUGCUGCCUGUACCGCUCGUGGUGCCACAACCCCGUCGCUACCGUGUCGCUCUGCUUCCUCACGCAGAACUACAAGCACGCCUAUGACCUCAUCCAGAAAUUCGGUGGGCUGGAGGUGACGGUGGACUUCCUGAUGGAGGUGGACAAGCUGGUGCAGCUGGUGGAGAGCCCAAUCUUCACCUACCUGCGUCUGCAGCUCCUGGACGUGGAGGGCAACCCGUACCUGAUCAAGGCGCUGUACGGGCUGCUGAUGCUUCUGCCGCAGAGCCAGGCCUUCCAGCUGCUCUCCCACCGCCUGCAAUGCGUGCCCAACCCGGAGCUCAUGCGGACGGUGGACGGGUCCGAGCGCGGCGACGCCAAGGAGCGAGGCGUGGCGGCCUGCGAGCGAGCCCCGCACGCCCACGUGGACUACGGCGAGCUGCUGCGCCACUUCGACUGCGUGCAGGGCAAACACCUGGAGGUGCGCCACCAGCGCUCGGGGCGCGUGGCCGAGCUGCCCGACAGGAAGCUGAUGUGAGCCUGCCCCAUACUGGAAAACGUUGAAACGGUGAGAUUAUUGGGACCAAAUGUAAAUAUUAUCAGUUUAUCCAUACACUGGCAUGACGAGAAUGUAUCCAAUCCAUCCGUUAUCUAACCCUGGACUGGUCAGCCAUCACACGCGGGGCACAUAUGGACAAAAAAAACAACAAAAAACAUUCACACUUACGGACAAUUUAGUCUUCACUAAGAAAAUACAGAAUUAACACAGGAAUGCUGAAGCAGAGUUUCGAACCUACAACCUCAGAACUGUGAUGCAAAUGUGCUAAUCACUAUUGACGUGAAUAUGUUAUGUUAAAAAGGACUUUUAAUGCACUCUGGUCACAAGUUACAUUUUUCUAGAUGUUUUUUUUUUUUUUUUUUUUUUUUUUUUAAUGAAGGGGAAAAACGUCGUCAUGAAAAGUAGUGCUGACACCAUCAUGUACUUUCUAUGAAGGAGUAUUAGGGCCACAGUGAAAAGAAAAAAAAUACAUACUGCAAGAUAAAUUGGAAUCUUGCGAGAAUAAAGUUUGUAGACAAAAAGUUGGACAGCAUAUAUUGUACAGCAGAAAAAAAACGUUAUUCUUGAUCUCAUUUAUGUAAAGCACUUUGUUACUAGCUGCAGUUUUUUUUUUCUUUUCCAAAAAAGUGCUCUAAAAAUAUAGCUGAACUUGGCUCAGCGCAUAUAUUACGUGUGGGCAGAUUUUAAAAUGCACUUGUUCAAAUAGGAUUUUUUUUUUUUUUUACUUUUUUCUUGAAAAUAUCAGUCUUUAUUCUAGCAAUAUUACGACUUUAAUCUUAAAUCUAUACCAUGGUUUACCUCAAAUAUACAACUAUUUUCUCAAACAUUACUUUAUUCUCCUAAUCUCAAAAUUAUACCACUUUUAUCUGAAAAAUGUAUAACUUUUCCCUUGAAAAAUCUGCCUUUAUUGUCCUAAUACUACAAAUUUAACCUAAAAAUACACAAACUUAUCCUUGUAAAGUCAGUUAGCGCAAAACCUUCAAGCUUUUGCUAGAAAGAAUUUUUUUUCCCCUCUAUAAUUUUGAUGCUUACAGCUAAAUGUAAUUUGUUUUCUUUUCAGUGUAGUCAUAAUAUACUCCUUCGUAAUUUUCCUAUCAGUGUUUUUUUUUUUUGUACUAAAUGUUACCAAGAAAAUACAUUCACUGGCAUAAUAAAUUUUUUCAAGAUGUUUAUUAUAGUGCUUUGCAGUGGUGUAUUGACUGAAAACAAUUUCUUAAAAUUAAGUUGCCUUAAUAUUAGUGUGACGAAGUCUUAAACCGCUGCUAUUUGUAAAUUAACAAACUGCUAACUGCCAUAACACAAUAAUCAUGUUUUCCUGUCAGGCGGUACAGUAUAUGUAUUUAUUUUUCUUCUUGAAUUGUAAUUUUAUUUUUUUCUUCUUUAAUAGUUCUGUUAAUUUCAAGCGAAACCAACACACAUUUCGUGUCAAGUAGUCCACUUUGGUUAUUUAAAGAGUACAUUUUGUCGAUUUAUUGUCAUGUGAGUCACAUCCAAAAGCGUCACAUGUUUGACCCUGCUUGACUCUUCCUGUUAAGACGUGACAUACAUUCUUGACGUGCCUUUUGUCGUGAAGCACACGGCUGGAUUUUCUACUCCAGCUGGCAUAACAUCCACUGUUUGUUUUUCUUUUUUUAAUCGUAGUAUAUUUCUUUGAGCUUUGCACUGUUUCUGUCGUCAUUCGUGCGGAGAAUCAUCAAUAAAGCUGGACUCUGG